UCCUGGGAGACCCUGUGGUCGUGGUCAGUUUCUAUCCAGAGUUUCCUGAGUCAGUGAUGUCCUCCGUGUCGUCGUGUGGCGAGUUUGUGUUUGUUAUGGACAGAUCUGGCAGUAUGAGCUGCGCCAUGCAUAAUGGACAAGGUGCACUGUGCCAGGGACACUCUGCUUCUGCUGCUGAAGAGUCUCCCCAUGGACUGUUACUUCAACAUCUAUGGCUUUGGCUCUCACUAUGAAUCCUUCUUCCCGAAAAGUGUGCAGUACAGUCAGGACACUAUGGAGCAGGCUGUGAAAAAAGUAAAUGAGAUGCAAGCAGACAUGGGGGGCACGGAGAUUCUGCAACCUCUGGAGCACAUUUCAAACAGCCUUGUAUCCCCAACUACCCAAGACAGAUUUAUAUUUCUAGUCAAGGCCAAUAGAUCACCACUCUCUUCAAAGUCCCAUGCUUCACAGUGAGAAAUCUGAAGGGUACUCUUUCUACAUUCUUAGAGGGAAAAAAAGGUGUUUUGAUGGUUAUUUAAGGGUUCAUUGGAUAAUUAAGUAUUCUUAAUUAAGUAUCAGAAGCACUGUUGUAGGGUUCCCUCAGAUUGGGACAAACGAAUCUUGCUAAAAACUAAAGGAUUAGGAUUAUUGAAGGAAAAAAGUGAACAACUGUUGCUCAUCUGUAGUAUUUUUUCCCCCCUGGAUGUUCAAUUUCUUUUCUCUCU